AUGGUAAGUGGUACAAACUCUUCAGGAUCUUACAUGUCAUCAAGAAUAAGAAGUUCUAAAAUAGAUAGCAACUACCUGAAAGAACUGAAUGAGUAUUUAAAGUUAAGGAAGCAGGAACUGCUAGAGAUGCUAAAACCUCUAGAAGGUAAGAACAACAUUUUAUUCCAGAAGUUAAUGUCUAACUUGGAAGACAAACAAGGAAGGCUGCAGAUCAUGAGACAGAUCAUGGCAGGGAAGGAAUGGGAUGAAUCCUCAGUCAUGGAGCUAAGAAAGGCAGCAGAGGAGAUGAAACGGAACCUGGAAAGGAAAAACAAAGCUCUUUGGAAGAAAAUGGAGAUGCUAUGGAACAAGGCAGUUGAGGCAGAAGAAUUCAUUGAUCAACAAGAAGCAGCACAGAUAAAAACCAAGGCAGACUUCCAGAAUGGAAAGGAAAAACAACAGCAGAAAAUGGAAUUUGUCAAGUAUCAGGAACCAGCCAACAUCCUUCAGAAUGACUUUCAUGGCAAAGUGAUUGAGCUGAGAAUUGAAGCCUUGAAGAACUACCAGAAGGCCAAUGACCUGAGACUAUCACUGAACUUACAGCACAAUUUUGACCCAAAGCAAGCCCUUUUAAAUCUUCCUGAGUCCCAAUGCACUAUGGGCACUACAACUGUGGGCAGAGCAACUACCAACAGAAAUGAGCCCAGUUUGAGAAUUCUGGGAUCAAAGACCCACACAGAACAACACAGAACUAAAGGACACCAUUUUGACGAUGUAAGAGGAAGGUUCUUUUUUUCCGAGGUCACUGCCAGAUGA